GUAAUCACUAUUAUCAUAGCCUUACAUCCAGACGACAAGCAUAUGCCAUCUGCAGCCAACAGCAGUCGAUAUCCAGUGAUGAUCAGUGAUUGGCUAAGGAAAGUGGAUAUGCAACAUUAUACACCUGCAAGAUAAAUACUUUAAUCUCCUCUUAAGAAAACAUCGUUAAAAUUAGAUUAGCAUUCCCACUUACCGAGAUGGGCAUCUGGUGAUUGGAGUACAUUGAUUGCCAGGAUUUAAGAAGGGUUUCAUGCCUUUGCGACCAUGGUGAAGUUAAAAACUUUUGAAAUUAUUCUUUCGGCAUCAGAUGGAUUUUUUAUGGCGGGAGAAAUUUUACAGGGGUAUGUGACAGUUGACUUAAAAUACCCAAUGAAAAUGCAAGCAAUUCGGGUUUUUGCCAAAGGAAAAGCUUUUGUGCACUGGACAGAACAGAAAAUGAGGGGACCAGGGCAAUCUCGGUACAAAGACAUUAAACAUCACCAUGCAACAGAAGAAUACUUUGACUUCCAUACCACCGUCUUAAAAAAUCACGAUAAAUGUGGAAAAAAGUUUGUUUUGCCAGCUGGGAAAUAUUCAUAUCCUUUCCGAUUUCAACUUCCCUCAAGUCUUCCGUCAUCAUAUGAAGGGGAAUAUGGAUACGUUAGAUAUUAUAUCAAAGCAGCCAUAAUGAAGCCCUGGAGAAUGGACCAUGUGACGAAAACCGCUUUCACAGUUUCAAGUGUUCUAGAUUUGAAUUCUUUGCCUCAAGCAAGUAAAUCCAUUCAAAAAAGUGCUACAAAACAGUUAUGUUGUUUGUGUUGUUCGAGUGGACCAAUCACCACAUUCCUUUCUAUUGAUCGCCAUGGUUUCGUGCCAGGAGAACCAAUCACAAUAAAUGCUGAGAUAGAAAAUUUAUCUGGGAGAAAAAUAAGAUCUUCAUCUGUCACACUUAAAAUGAAAACAACCUUCCACACAACCCAACAAACAAGAACUACAUCGUCAGUGAUUACCCAGUUAAGACAUAGCUGUAUUGGUAAGGGACAAACAGACACAUGGAAUGGUGAACAGAUGUUUGUACCCGCUAUACCUCCCAGUUAUCUAUUAGGCUGUAAUAUCAUUGAAAUCAACUAUGUUUUAGAGUUUCGAGUCGACCCUAUAGGACCAGCACUGGAAUUAUACAUUCCUGUCAAUAUAAUUAUAGGUACAAUACCUCUUAGUUCAUCCGUUAACCAUUAUUUAAGAUUUCAACAGCCACAUUCGUCAAAUGGUUAUGGUGCCACUAAUAACAUGCCAAUGAAUCGAUUGAGUUUGCAAACAGUUAAUGCAGAAUAUAUCCUUGGAAGUGUUAAUAUAAAGGAAGAAGACGACCCCGAAUAUACCAGAGGUCAACUGAAUUAUACUCCAAUUUAUACAUACUAUAUUUGGGGAGGAUGAAAAUAGUGUCACUCAAAGACAAAUGAAGACGAGCUAAAAAAAAAUGAAAGGGGCCAAAGUACAUGAUUUUAUGGAAAAUGUCACUUUAUUUCAAUAUAUUUACGUAUGCUAUACUAUUAAACAUAUGGAAAAAAACGGCGAAUUUCUACUAACUUUUAAAAAAUACUUGUAAGUCAUAGAACAAGAAAAAUACCCAUGAUAUGUGUUGGUCAAACACAGACGUUAAUUGUUUCACAAAGCCAUAAUUUUUAAUGU